AUGGGCCACAACAAAUUCAUGGGAGAUGGUGUGAUCAUUGAGAGCAAACGAAACAACCUCGUCGUUCGCUCAGAGCCCGACCGUCUAAUUCAUUUCACACUCAAAGAUCUGAAUGAAUAUGAGCCAUUCGUCAAGAGCAUGUUCGAAAUCUUCCAGAAAGGUGAAACCGUGGUUUUCUCGGCCAAAAGCCACCAAUUUAUUGACAGGACUGAGUACACGGCGGUCGCCGUUUGUCCGAAGAGAAGGCUCGAGAGAAUGGUGGGAACGAUUCGCCACGUGGCCGACACAUUCGUCACGAUUGAGAGUGGCGAUCGCCGAAUCUUCGCUCUGAAAUCGGUGAAGGAUUUAGAUAAUGAUGUUGUUGAAAUUCGCGGAAAAAACAUGGUUAUUGGUGCAGCCGUCAAAUUCAAGGCAUUCAAACAACCAUUAAAUAAUGGCUGUAGCUACAUUGCGUGGAGUCUUCGUGUUGACAACAAAUCCGAGUUGGAGAUUCGACCGGAAAUUCCGAGAAAAAUUGGCGAUUCAUUCGGUCCAGUGUUCGGACCAGCCGAUCUGCCGCCGAUGUUGUACGAACAGCAGGGGAUAUGUUUUCAAUUAAAAGAGAAACUUUUUGUGUACUCUCCGAUAUCUGGAGCAGCCGUCAUCGAGAAUGCGCCGCCGUUUGUCGAGCCUUUGCGCUUCAUCCAGUACUCGGCAAAGAAGAGAGCUGUGUCGGACACGCGCGAAGUCGCUCUUGUCGCCGAGAGUAUCAUUGACUUGGGAGAGGUGUUGCCGAUUUAUGCCGAUACUCUAAAUGUCAAACUGAUGGUUUUGACGUACGUGCCAGACCGCAAAGGAACUUAUGCGUGGAACGAUUUAUUGGGCGUUGUUUUUAUCCCGGCGGCAUGCAAGCUAACGGCUCCAGCUUUCGGAAUCAUCGACGCCUACGUUGCAUAUGAUAGCUAUCACAUGUGGCGCGUUCGAGAUAUUAUCACUGAGCUGAUCGGAGACGAAGCAGUUGAGUGCAGAAGACAUAUAUGCCAAAGAUUGAAUACGGUCGAUGGAGCGAUUAUCAAGCAUGUUCACCAGACGAAGGGCAAAGAAUUCUCCGCGUUUUUUGCGGUCGAUGGAAGCGAAUUGUAUGGCGAGUCUGUCAGCUAUAAUGGAGAUUUGAGCAAAUUCAAAAAGGACGACUCGAAAUAUAGAUGCACUUAUUUCUAUCAGACACAAAAUCAGAAGCAUUGCUAUAAAAUUUUAAUUUGGACUAAAAUUGCUCCGAAUGGAGUUACGAGCAAACGUCACAUUCUUCUCCAGUCAGAUGAACAUCGGGCACCGAUUCCACAGCCAUUUGUAAGAAGUUUGAAGCUAACAUUCGUUGAGCAUAUGAUUCAAUUCAAGAUCCAUCAAACACCGCCAAAGCUAGUUGAACAUGAUUUCCCGCAAUUUCAUGACGGAUUGGAGGAAUACAUCAGAGCGAGACCGAAGGUAGAUGCUUCGCAAUCGUAUUUCAACGAUAGCGAUGAUGAAAUUGAAAAACCUCCGUCGACACUGAAGACGGAAAACCAAGUGAAAGAAUCACAAGAGGAAAUGGCGGAGGCAGGACCAAGUGCUUGGGAUCUGGAGCACGACGGAACUGAGAACCCGGGACCAUCGACGGCGGCAUUCGACGAUCGAAUGAUUCCUGUCCCGGCGAAAAAUGACAAUUUGUUCGAAUACAAUGAAAAUCUUGGUCACUUUGUGCUUACGAUGUGGUCCCCAGACUUUUUCAACAAUAUGGAUAACCAAAUGAGCGUUUCGGAAAUGACCGCCAACGCGGAUCCAGCGAGUCCGAAUAAAAGAAAUUCGAAUGAUGACACCGCAAGCGCGAUAGACGCUGAUUCAUCGUCGGACAACACAGUGCAGCCCAAUGACGUCAUGCACAAUGUCCAAGAGAGACUUCGACAGCUUGAGCAGACUUUGCUCGUCACUCGUUCCAGCCUCGUCAAUUGUGUGGGGUGCCAGCAUCGCCAGAUCGACUUACAGCGACAGCGACUCCAACAAAUUAAAGAGAAGAUGGACAAUUUUGAGCAGACGUUGAGCUUCGUCGAUGAGUUCAGCAGAUCGGUGUUCAACAUGCUGAUGGAUAAUAAUAACACGGACGAGUCCGAUAUGAGCGAUUCGGAAAUUGGCGAAUCGCCAACUCUGGAACUGCCGAAUCCGCUGAUCAUCAAGUGUCCGUUCUGCGAUGAGCCUCAUCAUGCUAUUGAAUGCAAUGUCUUCCCAUCAGCCGUUCUUCGCCGUCAUAUGCUCGUCCAAAAGGAGCUGUGCGUUCGCUGCUUCGAGCACGACAUCACAACCGGCUGCACCAAACAGCGGCCUUUGUGUGUGCGCUGCGGCGAAGGUCAUCAUAUCUCUCUCUGCAUUCUUCAAUUCCCCUAA